AUCGGACUCAAAAAAGCCGCAGUUUUUAGUGUGUUUUUAGCUGCUGUCUAUUUCGUGGUAGGCUUUGGGACGAAAACAAGGAGCGCGCUGCCCGUGGUGCUAUGGCACGGCAUGGGCGAUACUUGUUGCCUGCCCUUCAGUUUGGGUGCCAUCAAGACGCUGAUUGAGGAGCAUGUGAAUGGGACGUACGUCCGUUCGCUGAAGAUCGGCGGCAACGUGGUGCUGGACUACGAGAGCGGGUUCUUCAUCCAUCCCAACGAGCAGGUGGAGUAUGUCUGCAAGCAUUUGGCCCAGGACGAGCGUCUGGUCGAGGGUUACAAUGCCAUUGGCUUCUCGCAGGGCGGCCAAUUUCUGCGUGCGGUCGCCCAGCGCUGCCCCGAACCGCCCAUGCGCACGCUGAUCACGCUCGGCGGCCAGCACCAGGGCGUCUUUGGCCUGCCCAUGUGCCCAACGCUGACAGCCACCUCCUGCGAGUACAUAAGCCGCCUUCUCAAUGUGGCCGCCUACGAGGAAUGGGUGCAGGCCGAACUGGUUCAGGCCACCUACUGGCACGAUCCACUGCACGAGAACCAGUACCGUCUCGGCAGUACCUUCCUGGCCGACAUCAACAACGAAUUGUAUCUGAACGAGAACUACGUCGAGAACCUAAACAAGCUGAAAAAAUUCGUAAUGGUUAUGUUCCUCAAUGACACGAUUGUCCAGCCAAAAGAAUCGCAGUGGUUUCAGUUCUAUACGUCCGGACAGGAUCGGGUCAUCCAGUCGUUCAACGAGAGCAAAGUCUAUCAAGAUCUUGGCCUGGACCGUAUGCUCCGAGAGGGAAAGCUACAGUUCCUGGGCAUCGAAGGCGAUCACUUGGCCAUAUCCAAGGCAUGGUUUAUAGAGCAUUUGGUGCCGCUGCUUCUGGAAUGACGCAACCGAAACCCCAGAGGGAAAGAGAAAGAAGUGGCAAAAAAGAAAGAGAGGUCGUACUUCGAAAAAACUUACGAUCUUAACAUCCUAUGACAACUAUAUAUAACUACAUAUAUAUUUUUAAUUAGAUAUUUAGUAAAUUCAGUUAUUGCGUACAAAAAAGACAUUUGCUUUUUUCCCCUUAAAUGUAAGGAUGUUUCUUGUUGUUUUAUAUUCAUUUUCGUAUGUCACAAUCUCUCUGUCUUUUGUAGAAGAUCGAUAGAUGGAUUAAUACAUGUAGAUAAUAGGAUAGAUAGAAGAUGUCUUAAGUAGUUGUGUAUGUGUCUGUGUGUGUGUGAGUGUGAUAAAUAUUUCUCUGAAAUAUCUAAUGCAAGGCAACCGCGUGUUCCGACUAUAAUGAUUUAUCCAUACACGUAUCGUAAUUGUAA